AUGUCGGGGUGUCCCCCCGAUGAUUUUGGGAAUGAAAAAUCUCCGUCAGGGGAGAAGGCGGCGAGGCCGAAGGCGGCGGGGGCGGGGCCCGGGGGCAGCAGGAGGAGGAGGAGGAGGAGGAGGAGGAAGGGCGCCAAGGGCUCCGAGGACGAGGCUCUCGAGGACAGCGACGACGGCGACUUCGAGGGCCAGGAGGUGGAUUACAUGUCCGACGGCUCCAGGCAUCGACGAAGCGAGCGAGAGCAGCGAGGAGAGCGAGGAGGAGAAGGGGGAGGAGAAGGAGGAGGAAGAGGAGGGCAAAGCCACGCCCACCCCCCAGGAGAAGAAGAAGAAGAGAG